CUCUUCGCCGUGUACACAACGAUCUAUACUCCCCACUCCUUUGAUUUCGAACACAACGAGCUCACUAGUCAUUUACUGUAUACGGUAGUAAGGCAACGUGACUAAUGUAAUAUGUAGUAGUGUUACAUCCAUAAGAAGAAAAUUAGAGAGAGAGAGAUGACGGUAAAAAAGAAAAAAACAAAAAAGGAAUUAAAAGGGCAUACAUACCUAUAAAAGUGAACGUAUAUGAUGCGAAUGUAUUUUUGACGAGGACUUUAAUUUGUGUCCUAAAAAAUGAUAUUUUUUUCGACGAUGCGAUUGUUUAUAACGUCUGUAACAUAACCUCAAUUUCGUUGAUUUUGAAAAUUAAGAGUUAAGUUGAAACGACAAAAUGUCAGAUGUACGUGAUAUAUUGGAUAUCGAAGUUCCAACUACAACGGAACUUACGAAAGAAUCUAUUUUGGGAAGUGAUAAAAAGAAUAAAAAGAAAUAUGAGUAUAAGGUACCCAAACGUCCAGAGGGUAUGCACAGAGAGGUGUUCGCUUUAUUGUGCAAGGAUAACAAUGACGUACCACCAUUAUUUCCAACCGAUACGGCUAAGGGAUAUAAACAAGUUAGAGCUAAGUUAGGUAUGAAAAAGGUAAGACCAUGGAAAUGGACUCCGUUUACUAAUCCAGCUAGAACUGAUGGUGCUGUUUUCCAUCAUUGGAGACGAGUUGCUGAUGCAGGAAAGGAAUAUCCUUUUGCUAAAUUUAAUAAAAAAGUACCCAUACCAACGUACACAAAUGCAGAAUAUGUUCAACAUUUAGUUACUAAUGGUUGGACUCGAGCAGAAACAGAUCAUUUGUUUGAUUUAUGUAGAAGAUUUGAUCUUAGAUUUAUUAUAAUUAAAGAUAGAUGGGAUAGAGCCAAAUUUCCUGCCAGAACUGUUGAAGAAUUGAAAGAAAGAUAUUAUCAAGUUUGCGCAGCCUUGACUAAAGCAAAAUCUCAUACAGAUAGAGUUUACUCUUUUGAUGCAGAACAUGAGAAACGUAGAAAAGAACAGCUAAAGAAAUUAUUCGAACGGACUCCGGAACAAGUGGAAGAAGAACAGACUUUAUUAGCUGAAUUGCGUAAGAUAGAACAAAGAAAGAAGGAAAGGGACAGAAAAACUCAAGAUUUGCAAAAACUUAUAACAGCAGCGGAUCAUCAAGCAGAUCCUAGAAAAAGCGAAAGAAAACCUUCCAAAAAAAGUAGUAAUUCUUCUAGGAACAGACCAAAUAAAACUGAUGCUUCUCAUGCUGUAGAAUCUGCCGGUAUUAAGUUCCCUGACUUCAAAAACAGUGGAGUUUCAUUGAGAUCGCAAAGAAUCAAAUUGCCAAGUAGUCUUGGACAAAAAAAAAUGAAAGGCAUCGAACAGAUGUUAAACGAAUUAAGCAUAGAAUUAAAUCCUCCACCUACGGAACAAAUAUGUCAGCAAUUUAAUGAAUUAAGAAGCGACAUAGUGCUUCAUUAUGAAUUACGAAGUGCUUUAUCUACCUGCGAUUAUGAAUUACAAUCGUUAAGACAUCAGUACGAAGCCCUUGCACCAGGAAAAACUCUGACAAUACCGCCAGCCCUAUUACCAAAAACAGAACCCGAUGUAAAAGGAGACAUAAUAGAUGUUGUAGGAUCACCGAGUAUGCCAAAUGUAAAUCAUUAAGCAUUAAUUAACUAAGCAUUGUAAAUAUCAUAUUAUCUAAAUCAAUCGAUUUGUAUAUAAUUAUGCGAAAUAAUUAAUCCAUUGGCUUUUGAAAUAUUUCUUCUAUUCUGUAAGGUUUCUACAUUCUGUGAAACAAAUAAAAACGAGUGAACAAAAUUAAAAUUCUUUCAAAG